CGUCGAUCUGCAUGAACUUUCUUGAGCUCAAAACCGUACAAAAAUGGGGUUGCAGAAUCAAUUUUCCGACGUGUCAUCGGAAUCCGUCGUCAUAAUCACGGCGGUGCUACUGGCCAAAGCCGUACGUAAUCUCCGGUCGCUUCUUCUCCAGGCAUUCCGGCGGCUCUUUUUCCACCGGUGCCCUAAUUUCAAUUACAGUUACGACGUAGCAGAGUCUCCAUACGACGUCGUCGCGGCCGGUCGGGGACUGGCCGGCGUCGUCUUGCUCUGCGAGCAAUUGAAUCUGAAUCGGGCGUGUUCGUAUCCGAACCGGACCGGCGCCGGACCGGAAGCGGUUUGCGUGGUGUGCCUGAACCGGAUGGGCGACGGGGAGUACGUGCGCAAGUUAGCGUGCUGCCACGUGUUCCACAAGGAUUGCUUUGAAGGGUGGCUGGAGCGGCUAAAGUUCGAUUGCCCUCUUUGCCGUGCGCCGCUGGUUUCCGACGAGAGAGUGGAUCGCACGCGGCGGCGCGUGGCCGGAGAUCUCCUGGCGUGGUUCCCGGCCCUGUAGGUCGAUGCCUCCAUCGUCAACUAAUUUAUUAUUAUUAUUUUGGAAAAUAUUUAAAUUAAUUAAUUAAUUAAUGACAUUUUAGUUGGUGUAAUUGUAAAGUAAAAAUGGUUUUUGGGGGAGUUUUUAAGAAGAGUAAUUGACUUAUCUCUUCUCAUUUAGUACCUUAGUCCAUUUUGUACUUAGUCCCUUAAUUUUUUUUUAAGUAGAUCAAGAAGGGGAUGGUUACACUAUUGAC